CCCUUCGGGACACUGCAAUUCCCAUAAGGCCGUGCAGGGGCGUCCCCUGCGCCGCUAAGGCCCGGGAGCUGCGCCCGCUGCGACAGGGCUCGGGGACGCUCGCCGCACUGCAUUAUGGGAUAGAUAGUCUAAUAGAAAACGUCCUGGGGCACAAACUCCCAACCAAGCCCACGUGUUUACCUUGUACACUGGGGGGACGUCAAUGAAGAGUAGCUACCAGAUUUCGUCAUAAAACGGCGACCAGACAGGCGGCGCCAUCUUCGAACUUGGACUUCCGGAAGGACUUUGGUGAGGGCACAGCCAUCUUAGGGGGUGCUGAUGGAUCCCUACGGGGUCGGCUGUGUUGCUCUGGAGGAGGCCGGCCCCGUGGGGAACAUGACUGUGGUAGACUCUCCUGGACAAGAGGUGCUAAAACAGCUUGAUGUCAAGGCCUCUUCAGAAACAACCAGUGUGGAGGCUUCCAUAGAGACGUCAUUAUCUACCCCUUUGCCUGGAUUUGAGGAUUCUCUUGAUGAGAGGAGGCUCCCUCCAGAACAGGAAACCCUCUCCAGACUGGAACAGCAAGAUCUUUCUUCAGAGAUGUCAAAGGUCCCAAAGCCUAGGGCCUCAAAGCCUGGCCCGAAGAGAGGUGGUAGGACACGGAAAGGCCCCAAAAGGCCCCAGCAGCCUAAUUCUCCAUCAGCCCCUCGGGUUCCUGGUCUCUUAGAUCAGUCCAACCCUCUGUCCACCCCCAUGCCUAAGAAACGAGGUCGAAAGUCCAAGGCAGAUCUGCUACUGCUGAAGUUGUCAAAAGGCCUAGAUCAGCCAGAGUCUCCACAUCCAAAGAGGCCCCCUGAGGACUUUGAGACCCCUCCUGGGGAACGACCCCGCCGAAGGGCUGCCCAAGUGGCACUUCUGUAUCUUCAGGAACUGGCUGAAGAGCUCUCAACAGCCCUGCCUGCUCCAGUGUCCUGUCCUGAGAGCCCCAAGGUGAGCAGCCCCACCAAACCCAAGAAGAGCCAGCAGCAGGCAGCCUGUCAUUAUGGAGAAGAAGAGGAUGACACCGCACGGGACGAAGACUUCGUUCUCCAGGUUGAGGCUGAAGAUGGAGAAGAAAGUGAGGCCCCAAGCGAGAGCUCGUCUGACCCCGAGCCUACAGUGCCCCGAAGCACUGCACGAGGAUCCACUUCAGGGAAGCAGAAGCCACACUGCCGGGGAGUGGCUCCCAAUGGCUUACCAAAUCACAUCAUGGCUCCUGUUUGGAAGUGCCUUCAUCUCACCAAGGACCUCCGAGAACAGAAGCAUUCAUACUGGGAGUUUGCGGAAUGGAUUCCUUUAGCCUGGAAGUGGCAAUUGUUAUCUGAACUUGAGGCAGCUCACUACCUGCCCCAGGAGGAAAAGUCGCCACUGUUUUCUGUACAACGUGAAGGACUUCCUGAAGAUGGCACACUCUACCGAAUAAACAGAUUUAGCUCUAUCACAGCACACCCAGAGCGCUGGGAUGUGUCUUUCUUUACGGGGGGACCGCUCUGGGCUCUGGACUGGUGCCCAGUGCCAGAGGGGGCAGCAGCCUCGCAGUAUGUGGCUCUUUUCUCCAGCCCUGACAUGAAUGAGACACACCCACUGAGCCAGCUUUAUUCGGGCCCUGGGCUGCUCCAGCUCUGGGACCUUGGGACCUUGCAGCAAGAAAGCUGUCCUGGCAACAGAGCCCACUUUGUCUAUGGGAUUGCUUGUGACCAUGGCUGCAUCUGGGACCUCAAGUUCUGCCCCAGUGGAGCGUGGGAACUUCCAGGCACCCCUCGGAAGGCUCCUCUGUUGCCCCGGUUGGGUCUCCUGGCUCUUGCCUGCUCAGACGGGAAGGUGCUGCUGUUCAGUCUGCCCCAUCCUGAGGCCCUGCUGGCUCAGCAGCCCCUAGAUGCAGUGAAGCCUGCCAUCUAUAAGGUCCAAUGUGUGGCAACCCUUCAGGUGGGGUCUAUGCAAGCGUCAGACCCCUCUGAGUGUGGUCAGUGCCUUAGCCUGGCUUGGAUACCCACCCGGCCCCACCACCACCUGGCUGCUGGAUAUUAUAAUGGCAUGGUGGUUUUCUGGAACCUUCCUACGAACUCGCCUCUGCAGCGGAUACGGCUCUCUGAUGGCUCCUUGAAGCUCUACCCCUUCCAGUGUUUCCUAGCCCAUGACCAGGCUGUGCGUACCCUUCAAUGGUGCAAAGCUAACAGUCAUUUCCUAGUCUCUGCAGGGAGUGACCGGAAAAUCAAAUUCUGGGACCUUCGACGACCUUAUGAACCAAUAAACUCUAUCAAGCGCUUCUUGAGUACAGAGCUGGCCUGGCUGCUCCCUUACAAUGGUGUCACUGUGGCUCAGGACAACUGCUAUGCCUCUUAUGGACUCUGUGGAAUUCAUUAUAUUGAUGCUGGUUACCUUGGUUUCAAGGCCUACUUCACUGCUCCUCGAAAAGGCACUGUCUGGAGUCUUUCAGGAUCCGACUGGCUCGGGACAAUAGCUGCAGGAGAUAUAUCUGGGGAGCUCAUUGCAGCUAUAUUGCCUGAUAUGGCACUGAACCCAAUAAAUGUCAAACGACCUGUAGAUCGAAGAUUCCCUAUAUAUAAAGCAGAUCUGAUGCCAUAUCAGGACAGUCCUGAAGGUCAGGACCACUCUUCUGCUUCAUCCGGGGCCCCCAACCCUCCCAAGGCUCGAACUUACGCUGAAACCGUCAACCAUCACUACUUGCUCUUUCAAGACACAGAUUUGAGUUCAUUCCAUGGUCUGCCCCACAGAGAACCAAUGCUGCGCAUGCAGGAGGGAGAGGGGCAAACACGGCUCUGCCUGGACCGGCUGCAGCUGGAAGCUAUUCAUAAGGUACGUUUCAGCCCAAACCUGGACUCCUAUGGAUGGCUGGUCUCUGGGGGGCAGUCAGGGCUGGUUCGGAUCCAUUUUGUCCGUGCGCUCACCUGUCCACUGGGCCACCGUAUGCAGCUUGAAAGCCGAGCCCACUUCAAUGCUAUGUUCCAGCCGGCCUCCCCCACUAAAGGGCCUGGCUUCCCUCCAACCAGCCAUCGCCUUCUGCCUGGUCCCUAGUCGUGGUCCCCACAGAACACUCAGGAUGAAGUCUGCCGAGAACAAUUGGCCCCGUGCACACAGCCAUAGGAACUGGGGCUUUCCUGGACAGUGAUGCUGCCAGGCCUGGACCUUUAGACCUGCCUCCCCAGGACUCCUUAGAUCCCUCUUUCCACAGACUUCUUCUGUCAUCACGGCCCCCCGCGGGCAAGGGGAUUCUCCCUCCACAAACUCUCAAGUCUCCUCAGCAUAAAACUAUGACUCACGAGAAACACUCAGGCCUGACCUAGGCUUGGGGGUCAAAUUGCUCAUAUUGAGCAUAUUGUGAAGUGGGUAAAACUAAGUAAAGGUACUGGGUGUUUUUGAGACCACAUGUGAGUGGGUAUUUGGAGAACUGGAAAGGGUAUCUGCAUGAAGGCUCCUGUCUGACUAUAUUCCAGGAUCCAAUAUUACUGCCUUCCUAACUUCCUCUUUAGAGUACCCAACACACAGGCCCACAAGGGGGUGAUUGUAAUUCAUUGCACUGAAGCUGCUUAUAGUACUUACUUAACUGAGGAACACACCACAGACACCCUGCCAACAGAACAGUGGCUCAGAUCUUACUUGCUCCUGCUUAUGAAACAUUCCCAAUCACUGGUCAUCUGACCCUUCUUGAGCACUCCUAGACAGUCAUUUUUAAAAAAUCUUCCUUUAUAUCAAGUCAAACAGUAUACCUCUAUAAAUUUUACCAUGGGUGUUAGGAAAUCUAGUCACUCUUCCCUAUGACUGCCCUUCUAAGUAUUUAAAAAUAGCUAUCAUGUGUUUCCCAAGUCUUUUCUUCUCUAGAUUAAAUAUCUUCAGUUACUUUAACCAUU